UCAUUGGUUCAGCUCAUACUUUUCGAUAGUGUCGUAUCUAUAUGAUAGUAUCACGAACGUUUCUGAACGCGCGUUUGCUAUGGGCGAUUAACCUCAAUCUUCUCGCGAAUCAUACGAAAGGUUAGGUUUGUUAAGCAGACGACGGGCGUGAUGUAAUGUCGCGCGCAUUUGUGCAACACGUGCACACGUGUUUUUUUCAUCGGCUUGCAUUAUUCGCGCACGUUCACGCACGUCGCUCCGUCAUGAACGGUACAGAUCUCAGGAAACAUCCACGAUUCAAAUUAUUCAGCCUCCAAUAAUUGCUGCGCUGUUAAUAAUCGUGCGGAUUUUUCACAUUUGUAUCUUUUUACAAGACCCGGCGCGACGCGGAGCAGGGUUUUAAUUAGUAGAUCACUUUUCUUCUGUCAGCUGAAACCGAUGACGUUUCUCGAAGUCCUCACGUUAAUCAGACCCAACGAAGCGGAGCAUAUUAACACGGCAAGAAGAUGCUUCACGAGGAACCUGCAGCGAAUCUCUCAACGAGAGAUGUCCUACUCGCAUCGUUUAUCUCAGGCGCUCUUGCAGGGAUUGUUUGUGACGUGACGCUCUUUCCAUUCGACACCCUGAAAACGCGUUUACAAAGCCAACAUGGAUUUUUCCAAUCCGGUGGUUUCAGACACCUGUAUAAAGGCUUGGGUCCCGUGGUGCUCGGUUCGGCUCCGUCAGCCGCUAUAUUUUUUAUCACUUACGAAGGAAUAAAACAGUAUUCGCAGCCGUGCAUACCAGAUCAGUAUCACUCCAUUAUACACAUGGUCGCAGCAUCGUCUUCAGAAAUAACUGCUUGCUCGGUUCGAGUACCAGUCGAGGUAGUUAAACAGAGGAAACAGGCGCUUCUAUCCACGCAUCGAUUGAAAUUAAGAACACUAUAUCGCGGUUAUGGAAGCACUGUCCUACGGGAUUUGCCAUUCGGCGUGAUCCAAAUGCCGUUAUGGGAAUAUUUCAAGUUUUAUUGGACUCGGCAAAUACAGCGUGAGUGUACACCCUUCGAAGGUGCCACUUGUGGAUCCGCAUCGGUCGCUAUAUCAGCUGCCAUAACAACGCCAUUAGACGUCGCAAAAACUAGAAUUAUGUUGUCCAGUACAUCGGCGGAAAAAGAAGAAGUUAGGAUAUCAACAAUGUUAAAAGAGGUUUACAGAGACCAUGGCGUUAAAGGCAUAUCAAGAGUUUUAGAAGAAAAUAAAACAAUUUCUAGUUCCUACAUAAGGAAUAAGUACAAGUGCUUAAGAUUUUCUACGGAAAAUUUUGAAAAAAGAAAACCUAUAUUUCAUGUUACACUCAAGAAUUGUGAUUAUAUCAGUUCGAAUCUUAUCGCAAUUGUGAUUCAUAAUCAUGUAUGAAUAUGAUUAUGAUCAAUUAAAUAUCAUUUGCCAAUAUAAAAAAAAUUAUCUUCAAGCUGAUUUAAGUCAUGAGGCACAUAUUUAAAAAUAUUUCUUAAUUAUAUAUAUAUAUAUAUUACUUCAAUUAUAAAAAAUACGAUAUCAUAUGGACACAUUCUAUACUUUUUUAAAUUUACUAUUUGCUGAAAAAUCUAAUUUUGCUAUGCUAACAACAUUGCGUGUAUAAAAUUCUAAAUUCUUGCUAAUUACUGAGCAAAACAAUAUCACAUUGGUCAUUAACAAAACAGCAGAAUCUAUUUUAUUACGAGAAUAUUAUAAUAUCUGGGACAAAUUAUCUAGUAUUAAAAACAUAAAGGAAUAUAAUGAGUAUUAAUACUGAUUCUGUUAGGUUGCGCAACAAUACCUUUCUUUAGUCUGUUUGCUCAGGACAAUUGCUUCUUCUACUUUUUGUAAAUUUUCUGGAUUGGACACGAAAUCUUGUACGAUUUCAUCGAACAUCUCGGCUGUAAAAAACAGAUACAAUAAAUA